AGGCUGGCGCCAGGGGAAGCACGCCGAGCGUGAGGAGCGUCCGCACCGGCAGGAGGACCGGCAACAGCAGCGGCGGCGCCCAGAGGAUCCGCAACGCUUUCAAGAAGUGGGUCAACUCCAAGCGGCAAUAGUCAGCGAAAUGCAACGACGACACACACACGAACGACGACUACUUAUUCAUUCAAUGAGCAACGCGCGACGAUCAAACAAACGAACAGAACGACACGAUGAUCAGUCCUCCUCCUCCCUCAACUCUUUCCCCCCUUUCUCGACCUCUUUCUCGCUUGCGUGUCGGCUUUCAGGGUUCUUCAAACAGUGUAUUUAUUUCUCGUGUCUUCUCCUUCAAGCUCUUCCUCCCUUCUCGACCUCCUCAUUUUCCCCCACCACUCUUGUCGGUUCCUCAAUAGUCAUAGACGGGCGUAAUUUCAUCCGGGCUUUGAUCGUGUGACCCACCCCAGCGUUGAGCGAGCAAAGAGCGACGGCGAGACGCGUCCAGAAGGGGCCGC